GUUCGGUCAGCUGAUCGACGCUGCGACUCACGUGACCUCUCAGCGGGAGAGUCUUGCCCAAGUGAGAUAACUUCAGCUCGGAAGACAAACCACCAUAGAGAGCAGAGAUGUCUGUAUCGCUGCUGCCUCUGCUAUUGACACACUUUGUUGUCGCCGCGGCCCUUGACAAUGGUCUGAUGAGGACCCCUCCGAUGGGUUGGUUGGCAUGGGAGAGAUUCCGGUGUGAUAUAGACUGUGAAAACGACCCAAAAAACUGCAUCAGUGAGAAUCUGUUCAUCGACAUGGCUGACCGAUUGGUUGAGGAUGGCUGGAAGGAACUCGGUUACGUGUAUGUGAACAUCGAUGACUGCUGGUCCUCCAAGGAAAGGGACUCUCAAGGGCGGCUACAGGCGGACCCUAAAAGGUUUCCCAGGGGGAUCAAGUACUUGUCUCGCUACAUGCACGACAGGGGGCUGAAACUGGGCAUCUAUGGUGACAUGGGCACCUACACAUGCGGCGGUUAUCCUGGAACCCCACUGGACAAGAUUCAGAUCGACGCUCAGACCUUCGCUGACUGGGAGGUGGACAUGUUGAAAUACGACGGCUGUUACUCCAACGCUGAGCAGCAGGCACAGGGUUAUCCUGAAAUGUCGAAGGCUUUGAACUCCACGGGGCGAGCCAUCGGCUACUCCUGCAGUUGGCCAGCCUACCAUGGGGGGCUCCCUCCUAUUGUGAAUUACACUCUGCUGGGAGAGAUCUGCAACCUGUGGCGUAACUAUGGCGACAUCCAGGACUCAUGGAGCAGCGUCGUGAGCAUUUCAAACUGGUUCUUCAAGAACCAGGAUGUUCUGGUUCCAGCGCAGGGACCUGGACGAUGGCAUGACCCAGAUAUGCUGAUCAUCGGAGAUUUUAGCCUCAGCAUGGACGAGUCUCGUGCUCAGAUGGCGCUGUGGUGCAUCAUGGGAGCUCCUCUCUUCAUGUCCAACGACCUGCGCACCAUCAGCAGCGGCGCCCGAAACAUACUGCAAAACAAACUGGCCAUCAUGAUCAACCAGGACCCUCUGGGCAUCAUGGGUCGACGCAUUCUGCAGGAGCCCAGUCACAUCGAGGUGUAUCUGCGCCCGCUGUCGAACAACGCCAGCGCUCUGGUGUUCUUCAGUCUCCGUGCCGACAUGCCGUACCGCUACAAAACCUCCCUCAGCAAACUCAGCUACACCACUGGGAGAUACAAGAUCGUUGACGUCUUCUCAAACGAACAGCUCUCUCUGAAGGACUCAGCUGACUUUGUGGUGUCAGUGAACCCUUCUGGCGUGGUCAUGUGGUACGUGUCAGCACCUGGCAGUCUCAGCUUUCGCAACGGGACUCCCGGCAGCGACUGCAACGACCAGCCGAGCCUUCUGUAGAGGAAACGCCGAUGCAGACGGCAAGUUACGAUUGAUUUUAGAUGAAGAUAGUGGAGUAACUUUGUGCUCAGGGACUCUCAAAUGACAAACUUGUUUCAGGACAACAACAAUAAAAGUGUCUUAUUAAAAGCAAGAUAAACCCUUUCACCAGUUUAAUUUCAAUAUAUUGGGGCCAUGGAAGGUCGCAAAGCAAAACCAAAGCAUUUCUCUGAAGGACAUUGUUCAUGUUCCUACUGAAUCAUUUUGUGGAUCUUUUACUUUUUUGUUUGCUGUCUUUUCUGAAUUAAAGCGACCGAUGAUUUAUCUCAUUCCCCUUGGUGG